CGACGAGUAACCGCGAUCGCGUGUACACAUUCACUUAACACUUAAACUUUUUAUUUCUUUUAAAUUUGUAAUUUAAUUUCUUUUUGUUUUUUUUAUAAUUUUCGGUAGACAAAAAAAUUUUUAAAUUAAAAAAUUGCUCUGCGCAUUCUAUUGCGCAAGUGAUUUUUUAAAAUAUUUCAAAUACAUUUUUAACUGGUAACUGAUGUUAUAAAUUUAUAAUUUCGCAAUAAGACAGCCGUAACUACUGGAUCUGUGUGAUAUAUUAUUGUCUCGAGAUUCUCGAUCUACUCAAUUUAAACUCUAUAUAUAUAUUUUUACUCAAGAUAAAUAAAAAUAAAAAUGGCCCGACCAAAGAGAUGGAAGAGUUGCAUGUCUGAAAAUUUAUUGACUUUGCUGACAGUCGCGGGUGUAUUGGCUGGUGUUGCGCUCGGAUUUAUAUUACGAGCAUCAAAAACAACACCAUGGACCCAACGUGAGAUAAUGUACGUUAAUUUCGCUGGAGAUCUCUUUCUUCGGAUGCUAAAAGCUCUUAUACUUCCUCUGAUCGUCGGGAGUAUCGUCGCCGCCAUCGGAAGUCUGGAUCUCAGUUUAUCUGGAAAAAUUGGUAUGCGAUCGGUGUAUUACUACGGCACGACAACAAUAACAGCAGUAACCCUAGGAAUUAUUCUCGUACUAUUAAUUCGGCCUGGUGUUAUAAGUGACCCAAAUGGUGUUUUCAUAACAGAGCCCGGCGAUUACAAGCCACCGAGAAAUAUCACAACCACCGAUACCCUUCUAGAUUUAGUCAGAAACAUUUUCCCAUCGAAUUUAGUUCAAGCAUGUACAAAAUACUAUCAAACGGACUUGAUUUAUCCAAAAAAUAUGACUGGAGUGGAGAGUAUGUACGACUGGAAAAUUAGUCAUUCUUAUGGUGACGGUACCAACACACUGGGUCUGGUAAUAUUCGGAAUUAUUAUGGGCAUAACGAUCGGCAAGAUGGGAGAACAGGGAAAGCCACUUUUGGAUUUUUUUACUUCGCUCGCUGACGCAAUGAUGAUAAUUACCAAUUGGGUAAUAUGGAUUUCGCCGCUCGGUGUUAUGUUCUUGGUAGCCUCGAAGCUCUUGGAGAUUAACGACUUCGGAGCAGUGGUGGGAACACUGGGGUGGUACUUUAUGACAGUACUGCUAGGGUUAUUCAUCCACGGGUUCGGGACAUUAUCAGUGAUCUACUUCGUAUGCACACGAGAACUUCCAUUCAAAGCCAUAAGUCAAAUGGGUCAAGUAGCUGUUACGGCUUUCGGGACAGCUUCGAGUUCCGCGACUCUUCCAAUCACGCUCCAGUGUCUCGAUGAUAUGGGCCUGGAUCCAAGAAUCACAAGAUUUGUUGUACCAAUUGGUGCGACAAUUAAUAUGGAUGGUACUGCAUUGUAUGAAGCUGUCGCAGCUAUUUUUAUUUCACAAGUCAGAGGAAUUGAAAUGUCAUUAAGUAAAGUUAUAGGUGUAAGUGUUACAGCAACUGCUGCCAGUAUAGGAGCUGCAGGUAUUCCUCAAGCUGGUUUAGUGACAAUGGUCAUGGUACUUGAUACCGUUGGUUUACCAGCUGAAGAUGUAUCAAUAAUUAUUGCCGUUGAUUGGCUUUUAGACCGAUUCAGAACGACAAUAAACGUAGUUUGUGACGCACUUGGGGCUUGUAUUAUUGAAAAAAUGAGCAGAGGUGAGCUCGAUGCAGCCACAGCAAAACAGCAAGAGGAAGCUGUUGAACUUACGCACUUGAGUAAAACCGAAGUAUAAAUAAAUAAAUAUAGAUAAUAUUAUUUUUAAAUAUUAUACAUUAUAAUGUUUAAAAUUUUGAUUAUCCAUACGGAUAUUUAUUGAGUCCUGCAAGAUACUUACAUCGUAAGCAUCGUUCCGGUGCUAAUUUACCAGUUACUAUUUCUUUAAAAUAAUAAGAAAUAUAAAUAUUUAAAUACUCAUUUAUCUUGCCA